GUUCGUGUGUGACCUCGUGAUAUAAACAUUUCUCAAGAGCGUUGUACUUGUCGCUGACAGCUACUGUUUUUAGAUGAAUUUGUACUGAGUUAAGUAAGUUUUAGCACACAACUUUAAUAAUGUUAAUUUGUGCCAUUCAGCACCGGUUACGUCACUGUGUUCGCAUGGGCUCCUCAGCGCAGAUAUGUUCAAGAAAUUUCACGGGGGCUUUGACGUCUCCAGCUUUCCGAACGUUUUCAUACUCCCUCUCAGUCAAGGACUUGAAUAAACCUGUAAAGCAAUGGUAUUUAUCAGUUAAUCCUUUCACGAAGAUCAAAUGUCAUUUAGGUUGUAACAUAUCUAUAAAACCACUGGAUCCGCAUGCCUUUCCUGAGGCGGAUCGGGCAUUUAUUAAUGUGCACGCGACAGAUCGGGAUCUCAAUCUGGACAAAUUUCAUGUUCAUUAUGAUGCUCGAAGCAAUGAACUUCAGAUUUUAUCUCAUGAUGAGAAUAACAGUGAUGUCUCUGUUGAACUGACAGCGCCUAUUAAAUGCGAUCUCCACAUCAAGACAAAGAACAAGGGCAAUGUGAAGAUCCAAAAAAUGGAGAGUGACCUCUGUCACGUGCACACAGAGAAAGGACACUGCAUACUACAAGCUGUAAAGGGCCAUGAAAUUCUGGUUCACUCCACUGGAGGAAAUGUUACCGGAUUUAACACCAUACAUGGGAAUGUAGAAAUCAGAGCAGCUGGAGACAGUAAUGUUGACAUUAUGAAAAUCCAGGGAACUACUAUGAAUCUAUCUACUGUACAUGGGAUGCUGAAGGUGAAGGCCAUCUAUGGUGAAUCCACUACAGUGUCCACAUCUUCUGGGAAAAUCCAGAUUGGACAUAUACAUGGUGAAGCUGUUGUACAGAGUGAAACAGGAAACAUUGUUAUUGACAGUUCGAGUGGAUCUUUGAAGGUACUUACUGCUGCUGGAAACAUUGAUGCUUAUGUAGGCCAUGAUGGCACAGCAGAACUUCACACUCAACAAGGUACUCUGAGUGUGCGUGUGCCCUCCACUAUGAAGACCAGAGUACAGUUGUGUGGAACCUCUGUUGACAUUAGUUCAGAGAUCGCAUGUCAAGAGACUGAACGCACUUCAUCUGAGGGCAAGACAACAGUGACUGCUCAUUUGAAUGGAUACAUGUACGAAGAACAAUGGAUCAAAGCCACUGCUGAUAAAGGUCCCGUCAGCUUGAGAAACCAGAGCUGGUUUGAGACCCUCAGACUUGGAGCUGAGAACUAAAACAUGUACAGAAUUGCCUAAGACCAGCUGUAGCACUAAUAACUCUUCACUUUAAGUUAAGAGGAUUCAUACUGAUGCUUAUAUGUGUACACUGUGUUGUUAAACAGAUUAUAUAUUUACAGACCAAAUACAAGAAACAUUUGAGGUUUACUUUCUUUGUCAGAAUAUAAAGGACUCUUUGUUUACAUUGAACCACAUAUAGUGUUUCAAAGCUUUUCUUUGCGAGGUUUUAUAAAAUAUGACUUAAAAAAAGCAAUUGACUGGCUUAGUGUAUUGUUUUUAUUUUAUUGUAUCUUUGUGUAUCAUAUGUACAGCAAUAAACCACAAAUGUGUUCCUUUUAACUUGGAUAAGAUUUAGCAACAAUAUCAAUUUAAUUAUCGAUUAUACACAUUCCCGUGGUUGGGAAUGACUGGUGGGCAAUUCCAUGAAAAUAUCAACCUUACCAUGAAAAUAUACAGUUACAGUUAGUCAAUUUACAAUAGCGAUAGCAGUAGAUAUUCACAUUUGGUGGUUUGGUUAAAAUACCCAUGUGAUGUCUAGGUUUUCAAAGCAUUUGUUUUAUUUUUAGUGCAUGAUAUUUCAUAGUCAGGUAAGUGCCAUUUUUAGGAUUGUAUCAUCCAUAACGGUACAUAUUCCUCAUGAAUGGGCACAUGAAAUGAAGUAACUAUUUUUUGUUCAAUGAAGAGGCAUCCCUUCUCUAUUUGUUGGGUAUUAUUGCUUCAGGAUUGUGCAUUUGAAUUCACAGAAAUCCUACAUAGUUUGUCGUCUCCCAAAAACGGUGUCCAUUUUUUUGUCACAUCCAUAACGCAUGUUUAUUUCUCUUUUUUAAAAUAGAAAAUUUCUUGAUAUUUAAACUCUAUCAACAAGGGUUUAUUAAAAUAAACAAAUGGUUCAGUAUAUUGGUAACAAAUACAUUCUCUGAGUGUUUAUAUGUCACAUUCAUAAUGCAAAAUGUGACAUCCAUAAUGCUGGAAUUGCCCUGGUUUAAUACAGUUAUGCAUGUUUAUGGGUUAAGACAAUUAUUUAAUAAUUAUAAUAAUAAACACUGUGACCAAGUCUGUGAAAACCAGACAAAAGUCUCAAAAUGUAAUUCUGA